UUAAACUUGAUCUGGCCCGCCAUGGCAGUGAACUAAUUUUGGCGUUUGUCUCUUGAGUUUUGCAGUUAUUCUAACCGAUCCGAAGAACUGACGAAGUUAAGUGGCAGAAGGUGUACAUUUACUGAUGUUAGCACGUAAGGUUGUUUCAUUUCUGGUUGAAUUUCGAUUUACUUCAGACUAAAUUUAGCCUACACCACAGUUUGGCCAGGUUGCGGGACUCUCUUCACAAGUUUUCAUGGGCACUGUCGUUCAGAUGUCGUGGUUUUGACGUGCCCGUAACUUGGAGCUCAAGUUAGAAUUCGUUAUUUUCUGUUUAAGUGAUACAUCUGAUCGAUCCAAUUCCGGGUCCACUGUUGUAGAAUGCUAAGUGGUAAACUCGUGGGUGAGUGACAAAUGAUGAAGGAGACGUAUAUUGAAAAUUGGAUUGAGAUUUGCCUCAGGAUAGGGAGAGUAGAGUCUAGAGAGACUUGGGAAGUUGAGUUAAACUAGGGAGGGCCAGGUCAGAAAAAAAAAAAAGGCGACAUGCGUGAGGCAGUUGAUUUGGAUUUGUUCAAAGUGCUAAACGGGCCAUGUCUUGAAUCAUGUUAGAGCUGUUGGUGGAGUUUGAGGAAUGAAGGGCGUGAUUGUGUUUGUCUAGGUGGAUCGUGUUGCAGCAAGCGCUGGUGAGCAGAGAAGUUAGAGUGUGAGAAGUUUCUGAGGAAUUCCUUGAUAGUGGACAUCGUGUCGGUGAUACGAUAAUUGCAGCAAUGGGGGAUUGGCAGGAGAAAAUGCAGACCAUUAUCAUAGGUUUUGUCUUCACGUGCAUGGUGGUGAUGCUGUUUUCGGUGAUAUCCUCUUUCCGUGCUGGAAAUUUGCGAGUAGCACGAGAGACAGAUGAUGAGGUUCCGCUACUCGUGCCUUCUGAGGCUGCGGAACUUUCACCUGCUCAUGAACAAAAUACUCCUCUUGUCGCGACUGAUGAGGAAACAGAAGCUGAUGGAGAUAGCGAACUAGAAGAUAGUGCUCAUGACUUUUCGAGUUUGUCUUCCCCUGAUUCCGAAGUCGAGACCGAUGCUACAGCAGCCUGUAGUCCUCGUGAAAUUGAUAGUGCCAUCAAUCCUACUGUUUCAAAGGUGGAGUCUAAGGAUAAUAAAGUAGACGCUACGAAGGAUGAAUUAGCAGAAUUUGAGAAAGAUGAGGGUGCAGAAGAUGAAAAUAUUGAAACGAAGCAUGUCAGUAUAUCAGGCGAGCAUUCUUUGAAAUCCUUGAAUGAACAGGCCAAUGGUGAUGUUGAAGAUGAGCUGGAGGUGUCUCGGAGUGCAACGGAUGAUUGGGAGGCCAUAGAAAGCACCGAACUUGAGAAACGUUUUGGGGCUGCUUCCACCUAUGCAAGUACAAUGGUUGUUUCACCGAAUGUGAAGUCUUCAAGCGAGGCAUUGCUACAGUUGUAUGCCUUCUACAAAAUAGCCACUGAAGGCCCUUGCUCUAAUCCACAGCCAUCGAUUUUGCAGCCGACUGCCCGUGCCAAAUGGAAUGAGUGGCAGAAGCUUGGAAGUAUGCCUCAAGAAGAAGCUAUGCAGAAGUACAUCGCUGUUUUGACCGAGGUCAAUUCUACUUGUUAUGAAACCUACCAGAAGAGCAAAGAGCCCGCAAGAGUAGUGGAUCAAAAUGAUCGGGACAGUUCAGUCAGGUGGUGAGAUGGAUGCAUUGCCAGGGUUGAGCAAGCUAAUCACGAGUGGAGGAGGACAAGAAGAGGACGUUUUCACUGCAGCUGUUUCCUCAAAGUAGUGAUUAUGAGCAGUGAAUUGAGACCUCUAUGACCAGUACCAACCUAAAAAAACGUUUUUCUUUUGGACCUAAUGAUUAUACUGCAUAUGAUUUUGCAAUCACAAUCCAAAAUGAUUACAUCAUUUGCAA